GCACAGUUUUUAAUUGCCAUCAUUAGGAAAUAUUAACCAUGUUCGCACAAGUGUUUGUCAUCGCGGUGUUCUGCAUCGCUGCUUCAUAUCAGUACACACCUUUCACUGAAUGUGAACAAGGUCCCGCUCCUUCAGCACUAAGGGUUGAAGGAUGUACCAACUCCCCAUGUCGAUUUGUACGUGGUAGUAAUGUCAAAGCCCAGUGGGACUUUGACGUAGUUGCUGAUACUGACAACAUGAAGCCUAUUGUUAAAGCUAAAGUAGGAGGAUUCGUUGUUGACUAUCCUUACCCUGAGCAGGACGCCUGUCAAUCAUUGACUAGAGGCAAGUGUCCAUUGAAACAGGGUGACUCUGUGACAUACAACUUGAAUAUGCCUGUUCUUUCAAACUAUCCCAAAGUAUCUCUUCAUUUAACAUUUUCUCUCGUUGAUAAGAAUAAUAAUGUCCAUGCUUGCUUUGGACUCAAUGCUAAGGUGGUCGAUUCCUUCUUGAGAUCAUGAAAAAAUACAAGAUUAAUAAUGUAAUAGUUUUAGAAUAAAAUUUACAAGUUAUAAAUGAAUAAAUAAAUUACGAAAAAGAAAAUAUUUAAAUUUCACAUAUUGUGGUGAUAUAACUAAUGUUUGAUCUUUAUUCGGGUGUGUAUAAGUGUUUGUCUAGCCAUUGAGCAUUUUGAAAUAUCCAAAUAUUUGAAAAAUAAAAAGUAUGCUUGGAACAUCU